AUGAUGCAAGGGGCUCCAAGCCAAUGUGAUGCAUUGAACCAAGCAAUUGGCCUUUUAGCUUGGGCAUGGCAUCUGAGAUCUAUGAAAUAUUGUCACCAUCACUUGCUACUUUGUUUAACAUUCCUAACCUUUUUAACAUUGUCAAGUAUGGUUUGUUUAACAUUUCUAUGGGGUCGUGGUAUUGAUAACAUCGAUCUUUGCUCUAUGAUGAUUAAUUUGCAGAUCCUUGCUUUAAGCAUGAACAGAGAGAAAUGUAUAAAACUAUUGGAGAAUUAUAUGAAACUUGAAGAAUUGUAUCUUCGGGAAAAUGAAAUCGGCAGUUUAAGUGAACUGGGAGCAUCCGGGAGAUUUGAAGCUAUUGAGAAUUCUUUGAACUGA